AUGCUUGCGAAUACGCGAAGCAACGAUGCAAAUAAUGGUCGAUCAAAUGCCGGAGGAAGUCGUUCAAAGCGUAAAGAUAAAUCAACCGAUGAACCCAAAUACAUAUGGAAUUCUAGAUAUACCGAAAGUUUUCUCGAACUUGUAAACAACGAGCUGAAAGCAAAAGGCUACGUCAUAAGAUUGCCGGACAAUCCUGGCAAGAGACGAGUUGAAGAGAAAUUUUAUGAAAUGACUGGAGUUAAGUUGAGUUGGGAACCAGAAAUGAAAAGCAGAAUCAACUAUAUGCGAAAAUUAUGGCACCAUUACAGCAUAUUAGUUAAUCGCACCCGUGUUUCAGCUGAUUCUACAAUCGGAAAGAUAAAUAUGUCAGAGGGUUGGUGGAACGACAUAAUUGCGGAAUUUGGGAACAAUGGCAAAUUUGUACGAGUGUUGCAAAGUAAGCCUCUUCCGUUUAAAGAGCUACUCGAUCAAAUCUAUAGUAAACAUGACGUGGAGCAGGAUGAUCGUUAUUCGCCACACACUCUUCGCACACACCUCCAACAAACACUAGACGAGGGAGCUAGCGAUGAUGAUAUAGGUGUGGAUGAAACUGCAGAAGAUAAUACGACUCAAACUCCUUUGGAUUUAACAUCUGAGGAUGAGUUUCCGCGAGCUGGUCAAUCACCAACACCCACUACUAGAGAACGUGUACGUAGCUCGCCAUCCCGUACAAAUAAAUCAAGCUUGCGUGUUCGGAAGGUUACUACUACACAUACAAAUCGAAGAAGGAUCCACUUUGAGACGCAAGUUCAAGCAGGAUUUCAACGCCUUGAAGAGUCUCGUACGGGUUUAUUGGAUGUCUUACGUUUACAACAUAAUCCAAAAGCAACUUUUGGAGAUGCUUUGGUUGUGUUAGAAUCGUUGACGGUUGAACCAAUGGGAAAAUUUUGGUGGGCAGCAAAUAAGUUGUUGCUGAACGAUGAAGAUGCUCGUGAUGGGUUCGUGAAAUUACGGAGUGAAGACAAUAAAAUUCAGUUCUUGGAAAAGCUUACUGGCAUUGAUAGAUAUGGUCUACCAUGUGAUAUUAUCAAUUUGAAAGGGCCAAACAGUUUCACGACUCCUUAUGUUCCGGCCACACAUUCACAAAUGGCAGGAACAGACACUAAUGCUUCUUCAAGUUUUGGCGCUAGAUAUGGAUUGUUUGAAACAAGUUCUUCAGGGACUAGCUUUUCCACUUUGCUUGGGCUACGUUUUUAUAUGUUUCUAACACUAUUGUAUGAACUUCGUAUAGCAGAGUUACAUCUACGUGGCAUUGAAAAUUUGUCCAACGAAGAAAUUGCAGAGCUGAUAUUAUUGGAAGAAGCUGAAAUUUUAGAGACUCAUAUCUCUCCGGUGAUGGAAUAUUAUGGAAAAUAUUUCUAUAAAAAACCAAUGUCUAAAGACACAGGCAAAGGAUGGCGCAUAAUUCAGGAUCAAAUCUACGACAAUGAAGCUUCAUAUGAAACCGAAGCUGGAACUUAUAUGAGGAUUGUCCGCGAUAAAAUUUUUGAGGAUAUGUGGCUCGAUAGUCAACGUAGUUUUCGAUAUCAACGUUAG